AAAAUCUAAACUCAUUAUUAUUUGUCUGUAUACGUAAUUUUUCAUCAAAGAGUACACCACCACUCCAUUCUUCAUCCUCCACUUCCCACUUUCUCUCUCUAUACAUAUAUACAUUAUGUAUGUAUGUAAUAUAAUAUUCCAAUAGAGGAGCUGAGAAAGAAAGAAAGAAAGAAAGAAACAGAUACAUACAUUAUACAUACACUCUCCAUUUCUACUAAAGAAAAAAAGGAGUAAAGCGAAAACCUCAGCCCGCAUUUGUAGGGUUUUUUUUUUCUGAAGAAACCCACCCCCAAAUCCCUACGCAUUCUCCAAUUAAAUAAUCAUUGUAAGAAAUUUUGUAGAUAAUUAACCUCGAAAUCCGACAAUCGUGCUCCAGGAUUGAAGAUCUCCGUAUUGACAUUGUUGACAACCGUGUCUGAAUUUUCUCGAUCGAACUUCACGAGUUUCUGCAAUUUAAUUCGAGGUGCAUUUUCCAAUUGAUAAGAUCUUCAGUUGAGAUCUUGCCUCGAUUUUUCGUAAGGUUGUCUUAAUUCUAUCUGAAUACAUGAUCACUUUUGGAAAUGCUUUCAUUUAUGUAAAUGGGGUUUAAUUCUAACUUCUAAAAGUGGAAUGCAGGUGAUUAAUUUUAUGAUUUAUUCAAAUAAUAGUUACGAUUCCACCGAUAAUGGAGAAGAUGAAAAUGGACGCCCCUCUCGAUUUUGCUGUAUUUCAGCUUUCACCGAAGCGUUCAAGAUGUGAAUUGUUCGUUUCUAGGGGUGGAAGCACGGAGAAACUCGCUUCGGGAUUGGUUAAACCAUUUAUCGCACAUCUUAAAGUUGCGGAGGAACAAGUUGCCUCUAAUGCACAAUCGGUUAAGCUCGAAAUCGGACGACGUAGAAAUGGCGAAGCAUGGUUCACUAAGGGAACACUUGAGAGGUUUGUACGAUUUGUAAGCACGCCUGAAAUUUUGGAAUUGGUGAAUACGUUCGAUGCAGAGAUGUCACAGUUGGAAGCAGCCCGAAGAAUUUAUUCCCAGGGAGCAGGAGAUCAACUUUCUGGUGGAAGUGGAUCCGGGGCGAAAGCUGCAGAUGAUGCCACAAAGAAGGAGCUUCUAAGAGCUAUAGACUUGAGGCUUGCGGCGGUGCAGCAAGACCUUUCGGCCACAUGUGCGCGGGCUGAUGCUGCUGGUUUCAAUGUCGAUACCGUUUCCGAACUUCAGAUGUUUGCUGAUAGAUUCGGGGCUCAUCGCCUUAACGAAGCUUGCGGCAAGUUCAUAUCGCUGAGCGAGAGGCGGCCCAAUCUCAUCAACCAAUGGAAACCCGGACCCGAAGACCGGGCGCUCCGUUCCUCUUGCGGGUCGGAUAUGUCCAUCGACGACGACUCACUGCCGACCCGCCACGAUUCCGCCACGUGUCAGCCGUCCGACCCCCCUCCUGCAACCACCUUCCCCUCACGCCGACCUUUCAGCAGAGAAUCCAGCGUCGAAGAAAAGGACGACGGAGAUAAUAAGUGGAACGACGCGUUUGGGGAGAAGGAGACGAAGGACGACGCGCCGGUUCAGGCGAGUCACCACGCGAGGCGACUCAGUGUUCAGGACAGGAUUAGCUUGUUCGAGAACAAGCAGAAGGAGAAUUCCGGUGGUAAGCCCGUCGUGCCGCCGGCGAAGCCUGUCGAGCUGCGGAGGCUGUCCUCCGACGUGUCGGCGAUGGGGUCGGCGGCGGCGGCGGUGGUGCUGAGGAGGUGGAGCGGCGCCAGCGACAUGAGCCUCGAUUUGGGCGUCGAAAAGAAGGAUGCCGAGAUUCCGGCGGUUUCUCAGGAAAACAAGGGUUUGAAUUUGAAUGAUGGAAUAGUAAAGAACUCUUCUGUUGUUAAAACAGAGAUUAAGGUAAUUCCUGGUUUAAUUAGGAAUAAUUCCGAGCAUUUUACAAAGUCAAAUUCCGAUUUGGUUAGUGGUGGAAGUAGUGGGAUGAAUGAUCGAAUGUUCGGCAGCAAGACUCAGUCAAGGUCUUCUUCUACUAUUAGCCUGGCUGAGAAUCUAGAUAAUUCAGAAGAGAGGUCCACUGUUUUUCGUGGUGAAAGUGUGAGCGAUUUUCUGUACGGCCAUUAUCAGGGCUCUUCGGUCGAAAAAUCUUCGUCUGUUAAACAGAGAGGUGGCAGAGAAGAUUCUGAAUCGCCGGUUGACACCGACGAGCAGACAAAUUUGAAGCUGAGUCGGAGUAAUACAGGAGAGUCUGGUUCGAGAAUCCGGGAUGCUUUUGCUGCUCACUCUAAGGAAACCGAAUCAUUCGAAAAGAAACAGUUACGGAGUUUUGAAAAGGCAUCCAGUGGUUCUGUUUCAGAAGUCGAAGAUUCCAGACCUCAAAGGCUGAAGUUCAAUCGGAAGGCAAACGCCCAACCCGACGAAAUACGUCUCGACGGAAAAAGCAUGGCAUCGUUUCCCGGCAAAAUCAGAGCAGAGUCUGAAGAAGGCUUGGAUUCCUUUUCGACCCCACCUCCAGAGCAAGCUCAAAGGGCAAAACGCCAAUCGAAGGGAAAUCAAGAACUCAAUGACGAGUUGAAGGUGAAAGCGAACGAGCUCGAAAAGCUCUUUGCCGAGCAUAAACUUCGAGCCCCCGUAGAACAAUCCAAUCCCAAGCCAAACGAACCUAGUGGGGGUUCGAAGAACAAGAGCAAGCCCAAUGCUGCUCCAUCAUCUCUCGUGAAAGCAAUCGAUAGCAAGAACUAUGGUGAUGAUGCUUUGAAGAAGAGUUUUUCGGAGCUUGGUGUUUCAGAGGGCUCUCGAGGGAAAUCGUACGACACGUAUAUUAAGAAAAGGGAUGCAAAGCUGAAGGAAGAUUGGAGUUCUAACAGAGCCGAGAAAGAAGCCCGAUUGAAAUCUAUGCACGAUAGCCUCGAGAGAAAUAAAUCUGAAAUGAAGGCCAAAUUUUCGGGUUCUGCGGAAAGAAAUGCUUCGGUAUCUAGCGCUCGUCGGCGUUCUGAGAGGCUGAGAUCAUAUAAUAGCAGGUCGAAUAUGAUUAGUGAGCAGCAAUAUUUAGGUUUUGGGGAUAGCGAUGAAGACGACGAUGAAGGCAGAGCUUUUGAUGACAGCUCAGCACAGGGGAAGAAGGUUUUACCUAGUAACAGAAACUUGUCUUCGUCUAUUCCUAUUCUACCUCGUACCUCGGCAGUUUCUGCUCCAAGAUCUGCUGUUAAAACCUCGACCAAUAAUUCGAUGAAACGAAGAGCACAGCCUGAGAAUCCACUCGCACAAUCUGUACCAAAUUUCUCCGACCUGAGAAAAGAAAACACGAAGCCUUCUGUAGUGAGUUCUAAACCGACUCGUUCGCAAGUAAGAAACUAUGGCCGAAGCAAAAGCACUAGCGAAGAAGCUGCUUUAGCUGUCAAGGAGGAAGUUGUUGUUAAAAAUGCGGGAACCAAGCCUUUCCUUAAAAAGGGCAGCCGUGCUCGAACGAGUGUUGUAAGACAUAACAAGGCUUCUUCUCUGGGGUCCGAGCCUGUAAGAAACGCAGACGAAAACGAUGACGUGGCGGCGGAAGAAUUCGAGAGUAGUGCUGCUGUUGUUGUUAUUAAAGAUGACGAGGAGGAAAGAGAAUCCGAGCCCUCCAACACAGAAGAUGCGGACAAGAUUUUAGAACCCGAGGAGCCGAGUUUAGAUAAAUUCGAGAAUUCCGGAUCGGAAGAUGGUGACGGCGAUGAUGAUGUCUCUCUCGGAUUUUCUCGAGUGGACCAUGUUUUGGGCAGGUCGUCACAAUUGCCUAACGAAAGCCCGAUUUCUUGGAAUUCGCAUGCGCAGCAGCAUCAAUAUUCGUAUCCGCACGAGAUUUCCGAUAUUGAUGCUUCGGUUGAUUCCCCUGUAGGAAGCCCUUCUUGGAGUUUGCAUUCGUUGAAACUAAUGGAGGCCGAUCGAAUGAGGAAGAAAUGGGGAGCGGCACAAAAGCCGACUUUACUAGCAGCAGCAGCUCACUCGUCCAAUAGUAAUAACAAUUCGUCGCGCAAGGAUAUGACCAGGGGGUUUAAGAGGUUACUGAAAUUCGGGAGAAAAAAUCGUGGAUCGGAGAAUUUGGUUGACUGGAUUUCGGCUACUACGUCUGAAGGAGACGACGAUACGGAAGAUGGACGAGACAUUGCCAAUCGGUCGUCGGAAGAUCUGAGGAAAUCGAGAAUGGGAUUCUCUCAUGCUCAAUCCUCGGAUUAUGGAUUCAACGAGAGCGAGUUUUUCAACGAAUCAGUACAAUCUUCACUGAGUUCAAUCCCGGCACCUCCACCCGAUUUUGAAUUAAGAGAUGAUCAUGUUUCCGGAACCUCAAUUAAAGCUCCGAGAUCGUUUUUCUCGUUAUCAACAUUUAGGAGCAAGGGAAGCGAGUCAAAGCUUCGAUAAUUCCCACGUCACUGUACAUUUGCUCCGAUUUGCCUUCGCCUGAUGAUAUUGGGAUUGCCUUCCAGAUGAAUAUAACGGUAAUUGUUGUAUAUGCUCGUUUGUCGAGUUUUAGUUAUUGCAAUAUGAGUGGAUAAGAGUUCCGAUUUGCGGUACAUCAAUAUGUGAUUUUUUGUAGUUGAAAGCGUUCUUUUAUGCAAUUGAUGUGUUCGAUUUUAUUUAUUUAUUUUUGAAUCAUAUGUAUGUAUGACCUUAAAUCAUACGCGUAUUCGUGAAAGACGAAAUACGAAAUUGUAAUAAUAUAAAACACCAGAAUCUGGACUUUCGAACGAA